UGACCUCGAUCGACGGGAUCCAGUGUGAACGCCAGGAAUUGAAACGGGAACGCAACCGUACUACCGUACAAAUAGGAAGCGAAGAGAGAUUUGGGAGAGUUGAAUCUGCUGCCGUGUUGAACUGGGCCUUUUUCUGGGCUCCUGCGCGGCGAUACGGGCUGGAGCUGAAACCCUUGAAGUAUUCCUGGCAAGCUCCGUCUUUCUUCACUUUGUGAAGAGACGACCUGGAGGAAGCUUCUAAUUCUACCCUUCCUGCCGCUACUGUCGAAAAGAAGCAAAGAGAAGAAGGAACAUCUGCCGCAGUGUGAUAAAUUAUCGGCAACAUGGCUACCAGCCGAGCAAUCACACUCCUAUCCAUCCUGUUGCUUGCGUGUGGGCUUGCAGAGUGCAGUCCAGUAGCAUCUACGGACGACUCUAACAUAGGCGACGGCAGUGUCAGUUCAACGACGGCAGAAGAAGAGACUGUUGACUGCGAAGGCUCACUAACCAACUGGUCACCGUGGUCGAUGAAAGAAACCAAUAUCAGACACGACUCGGGCUGUGGCACCCAAGUUCGUACUCGAGCAUACCGUACCUUGGCAGCAGCGGCGCAGUGUGCUGAUGAAGAUCUGGAUUUGUCUCAGUUCGCAGCCAGAUGUUCAAACAUUCCCCGUAAGAAGGUUAUGCGUGCACUUCAACACUACUUCGUUGACGAUGUGUUCAGCCCGAGAACUGCCAGAGAGCCAGUUCCGGAAGAAAUUAGACGGACCUUGAAAAGUUUCCCCGAGGAGUGCCACCAAGAGCUCGCUGACCGUCCAGUUGAUCUCUUGAUCAUGCUCGACAAGUCUGACAGUAUGAGGGAUGAGGAGUACAAGAUGUUGCGCUCGAGCAUGGCUCACCUGAUCACCAGGAGUAUUCCUAAUGUGUCUGGAGAUGCCACGCGUGUCUCCCUGCUUACUUUUGCAACCUACGCCAAUAUCGAGUGGGACUUCAACGCAUGCCGCAACAAAGCGUGCUAUAGAAAUGCGUUCAACAACGGCACCAACUCUCCGAAGGAUCGCUUUGGCAUAACACGGCUCCCCAUUAGCCUGGAAAAAGCAAGGACUGCAUUCACCAGUGAGAAGGGCUCCAGAACAUGCAGCCGCAAAGUCAUCCUGCUCGUAACUGAUGGCUCAGAUGGCAAAGGGUAUCCUGAAGAUGCAGCAAUUGCACUGCGCGAUGAUGAUGUGGAGAUCUUCAUCAUCGGCCUCACCCGCCUAAUCAACGAGCAAGAGCUUCGUUCCAUUGCAAGCAACCCUACCAGGGAACAUCUUUUCUACAUUGACGAGAUGGAUGUGUUGAAGGAGAUAUUCCAGCGCCUGAGACCUGCUUCUGCGCGUGAAGAAGACCUUGUGGAAACUAAGGUGAAGCCGCUAGAGGUUGUACCAGACUUUUCAGCUGAUUUUUAGUUCAGCGUAUGGAUAUAUCAAUACAAUCUGAUUAUUUGUAACAAGGCGUAACCUCUCUCUCUCUCUCUCUCUCUCUCUCUCUCUCUCUCUCUCUCUCUCUCUCUCUCUCUCUCUCUCUCUCUCUCUCUCUCUCUCUCUCUCUCUCUCUCUCUCUCUCUCUCUCUCUCUCUCUCUCUCUCUCUCUCUCUCUCUCUCUCUCUCUCUCUCUCUCUCUCUCUCUCUCUCUUUCUCUAUCUAUCUAUCUACUCUGACUUAUGACUAACUAUUUAUCGUCCUCUUGCUGUUUGUACAAUGUAUAUCUUUAUUUAAUCCCUUACUACAGUAUUGACAAGGAAUAUGGGUUAAUGUACCAUGGUAAUAGUCACGAGUCCGAUUAUGUCGCGUUUUCUGCAGUUUUAAGUUAACAUUGUGCACAUUGGGGCUUCGGCAUGGCAAGAGACACACUAGCUCGUUUGUACACACAGACACGCUGAACCAAUGGGGGCCAGGGAAGUAAUUACA